CUCUCCCUACCGCACACAUGGGGAAACAGAGGCCUGGACAGAGCUGAGCUCCAUCUGGGGAAAAAUCCAGGGCUGCCCCCUGGGCACCCCCAGCUCCCACGUGGUGGACGGGGACCCCGAGGGCAGCCGAGGGGCGGGCACCCCCUUCCUCCUUCAGCCCUCUGCUCUGCCUUCCUGGGCUCCUUGCCCUGGCCGCCAGCCUGGAGGAGGACAAGGGCCACGACAGGUGGGAAGAGCCCUGUGAAGUGGGCACAACUUCUGCAGAAGGCGGGCAUAGGAGGGGCAGACACCAGGGUGGGAGCCCCGGGCCUUGUGGGCCUGGACCCACCCUGGCCUGGAGACACAGCGGAGCCAGAGGAAAUGCAGGACACCAGUUCGAUUUCACAGGGCCCCCAUAUUUUUACUUGCUGGAUCUGGCAACCUGCUUAGCGGGAUGGCAGUGCCACUGCGGGGUGCCAGGCAGGCAGCUGCGAGGCCGGCGGGAUCUGAGGGCGUGCCGCCGUGGGAAUGGCAGGCCGAGGGUGAAGAGAGGCUGCUGGGCCAGGAGUGACAGGGAAUAUCCACUUCCUUCACUGACCCACCCGCUCUAUUCCGCCCGGGGUCAUUCACGGUCCCCAAGUCCGCCUCUCGGCCCGAACCAUCUCCUCCCCACCGCCGCUCUGGCUUCGCCCUGAAUCCCUCCACUCUGGGCGUCGGCUCUUUGUCUCCCUGGGCCCUGGGACCCUCCCAAGCCCCGCCCCCGCCCUGGCGGUCGAGCCCACCUCCCCAGCCCGCGACUGCGCUCUGGGCCCCGCGCGCCCCGCCCCCACCCGGCGACCUGCGCGGAGGCGGCACCGCGGGGCGCAGGCUCCGACCCCACCGCUCACCACAGGCCGCGCAUCCUAGCACCUCGGCGGCGGGAGGCGGAGCCGGAGCCUGGGGCGUGGGCUCCAGGUGGCUCUGGGGAGGAUGAAGCAGGCCCUGGUGGACGAUACUGAGGAUGUGUCCCUGGAUUUUGGCAACGAAGAGGAGCUGGCCUUUCGGAAAGCCAAGAUCAGCUCCAGCCAGGCAGACAUAGUGUCCUGGGUCAAGUCACUUGCCUGCCUGAGACCUUCGGCAUCCCAGAAGGCGGCAGGAGUAAGGCACCCCUUGGCCACUUUUUUCCACCUGUUUUUCCGAGUGAGUGCCACUGUCACCUACGUGUGCUGUGACUGGUUCAGCAGAAGCUUUGUGGGCUGUUUUGUCACUGUGCUUCUCCUUCUGUCCUUCGACUUCUGGUCUGUGAAGAAUGUAACCGGAAGACUCAUGGUCGGCCUUUGCUGGUGGAACCAGAUAGAUGAAGACGGGAAAAGCCACUGGAUUUUUGAAGCCAGAAAGGUCACUCCAAAUAACAUGGCUGCCACGGAAGCUGAGGCGCGAAUCUUCUGGCUUGGCCUCGUUAUCUGCCCGAUGAUUUGGAUCGUGUUCUUUUUUAGCACCUUAUUUUCCUUGAAGCUAAAGUGGCUGGCCCUCGUGAUAGCUGGGAUUUCUCUCCAAGCCGCUAACCUGUACGGCUACAUCCUUUGUAAGAUGGGUGGCGAGAGUGACAUCAGCAAAGUGACGGCCAGUUUCCUGUCCCAGACGGUGUUCCAGACGGCCUGCAGCGACUUCCAGAAGCCUGGCCUCGAGGGGCUGGAGAUCCACCAGCAUUAGGUAACUUCUCUGGGACCUACUCUCGACAGUACUGCUGGUCAAGGGUGGACCCCAACCGCUUUUUAAAAAUUCGACAGAAACCAUUCCUAAGGACGCACCCAUCUGCUUUCCACCACCAUCCCCGGGCCAGGUCCCUCCACCCUCCAGCCACCCGAGCAGUGUCCUGCUCGCCACACGCCAAGAUCCCCCUCCACAGGGCCCCAGAGUGCUCUGAACCCGUCACACCGCUCCCUGCCCCAGGCACCCUCACACGCUGCACCUGUCACGCCGUCGACACAGCAUCACAUGUGUGCCCACGUGUCACCGUGAGGGCGGCCUGGGCUGUUGUAUUGCCCUGGGGCCUGGCCAGGGCCUGCCCUUAGCAGGUGCUCAGUAAAGGGUGGUCCUGGCUGAAUCAGACAGACCAACACGCCCCCUCUGUUGUGCUUCCUUAGGAGUGGAGACGAAUACCACAAGGAGCAGUUCAACUGAAGGAAGAGUCUGUGGGUUUCUCGGGAUCCCUUAGGAUCGACGGCGAUAACACUGAAGCGCAGCAGAGAGCUGCCUGCUGGAUCUCCUCAAGACGGGACUGCCCACUGCUCCCUUCCCAUUCUGGGUUCCACAUGGCCUCCGUGGGACUGCUGGAGAAGGAGCUGGGCACUGCCGAGGAAGGGACAAGGACCACAGCCGCUUAUCCAGAAGUCCCUGUCCAUGCCCCAGCCCUGUUCUGUGGAAAACUAGGGUGAUUUCCUAAGGGUUCUGAAGUGUGAAUGGAAGAGGCCCCACAGACUGUGGGGGCUUGAUGUAUGACACAGAAGGGAGAUGUGGCCAUGAGGGACGAUCUGAAUUGUUACAGCACCAGUAGGCUCACUGGCUUCGGGAAGGGAAAUUUAAACAGCAGUUUUGAACCACUAUUGUUUAAUCGGUGGACUAAAAACCAAAAAGGUGGGAUGCUUAUGUGCCAACUGCAAAUGCCUGGACCAACGAUAAAUAAAGGUUUCCACUGCGGAGCACGCGUUCUAAGGAGCCGCUUCGAGACCAGGAUCUCGGGGCCGUAGGAGCAAGAACCCUGCGGUCGUGGCACAUUCUGGGCCCAGCCCCACCGGGCAUC